AUGAUACUUUCGAGUUACCGCAAAAAGAAUCUAAAAAAAAAUAUUUCGGCUGUACUCCUACUCGCAGUAAUAACGAUCAACUUCUUCUGUACUCAUGGAAUUUAUAACUACCCACACGUAUCUGGCGACGCCAUAGACUCGGUUCUGUAUAAAGAAGUAAUUUCUACCGUUUUAAAGAAUGACAGAUCGAACUGCACAUAUGAAGAUGUUCUAAAAAGUGCACAUACAAUUCACCCUUGGCACGUGCGAAAGAGUUACGACGACUUUGACGCUAAAGGCAUUGAACGCGGGACAUUUUCACCGGAGCACUGCAACCCACUCUUCAGUGUGGCAAUACUGGUCACAUAUAGAAACAUGCAAAAGCAACUUGAUAUCUUCUUGCCCUAUAUACAUAACUUUUUGAGGAAACAAAAUAUUCAUUACAAGCUAUAUUUGAUCGAGCAGCAAGACCUCAAGCCCUUCAACAAGGGUCUCCUGUACAACGUGGGCGCCCGCGCCGCCAUGGCCGACGGCUUCCCCUGCCUCCUCCUGCACGACGUGGACCUGCUGCCCCUCGACUCCGCCAACCUCUACGCCUGCACGACGCAGCCGCGCCAUCUCAGCGCGAGCAUAGACAAGCUCCGAUUCGUGUUAAUCUAUGACUGGCUGGUCGGAGGCGUGCUGGCCGUGCGGGCGGCGCAGUUUGAGCAGUUGAACGGGUUUUCUAACACGUUUUGGGAGUGGGGAGGCGAGGACGAUGAUUUUUAUAAUAGGAUGAAGGAGCAGGAUAUGAAAGUUAUCAGGUUCCAUCGUUCAAUGUCCCGCUACACGAUGGUGCGCCACCCAGCGUCGCAGAAGAACUCAGCCCGCUUCGAGCGGCUGGCGCUCAAUCGCGCCGAGCCUGGACCUGCGCGCGCGCACGACGGGCUGCGAACGGCGCAAGCAUUCGUACGCAGGGAGGAGCAUCGACUGUUUACACUGCUCGCGGUUACUAUAUAA